AUGAGAGGAACACGCAGCAAAAGGACCAAGACCGUGAACAAGAUCAAUCAACAAGCGUUGGAAGAUGAAGAAAACUUUGUCCACAUCCCUCUUGACUUAGUGAUCGAGAUUGUUGGUAGAUUGCCUUCGAAAUCCGUAGCGAGGUUUCUAGUAGUAUCCAAGUCAUGGGAAACGUUCAUCCGAAGUCGAGAUUUCAUCACAUCUUUUCCGUUUGGGUCUUCAUCGUCGUCACAGCCUCGUCUCCUAAUCACUUUGAGUCAUUUAAAUACCAUAGAAAGACGCAAAACUCUAGACUUCUUCUCGUCGUCUUCUUCAGCAACGUCAUCAUUAUCACGUUUUACAUGUUCGUUUUCAACUCUUGAGCACAAAGUGUACCUUCCGCAGUUUGUUAAUGGCUUUAUAAGCCUUGGAUAUGGCGAAGAGAAAAUCAUUUUCAAUACCACUACUGGUAAGUCAAUAACUUACCUAAAGUCGUAA